UGGGGUCAUCUGGACUAUUUAGUAAUUGACAUGCCACCUGGGACUGGAGAUGUACAGCUCUCAGUCUCACAGAAUAUUCCGAUUGCAGGAGCUGUGAUCGUCUCUACUCCACAAGACGUGGCUUUAUUGGAUGCACGCAAAGGAGCUGAAAUGUUUAGAAAAGUCAAUGUACCUGUUUUAGGACUGGUUCAAAAUAUGAGUGUUUUCCAGUGUCCCAAAUGUAAGCAUGAGACACACAUUUUCGGAGCUGAUGGUGUAAAAGAUCUAGCAAAAACCCUUGGAUUGGAUAUUUUAGGAGACAUUCCACUGCAUGUUAAUAUACGGGAGACAUGCGAUUCAGGGCAGCCUGUUGUGAUCUCACAGCCUCAAAGUGAUGCC